GGGAAGGCACCUGAGGCGGGGGUGGCGGCCCCGAGGAGAGGGGAAGGCACCUGAGGCGGGGGUGGCGGCCCCGAGGAGAGGGGAAGGCACCUGAGGCGGGGGUGGCGGCCCCGAGGAGAGGGGAAGGCCCCUCAGGCGGUGGGCGCGGGCCCGAAGUGAGGGGAAGGCCCCUGGGGCGGCGGUUCCUGAGGGGACGAGGAAGGCCCCUGAAGCGGGGGUGGCGGCCCCGCCGUGCGGGAGGGCUCGGGGUACCCGCAGGCCUGCCCCAGGUGGCCGCUCGCCCGAGCUGGUGGCACCUCAGGGCCCUCCUAGGGCCUCGGCCGCCGUGGGAGGCCGCAGGUCCGUGCCCCCGCCUCGGCCGGUUCUCAGUGGCUGGCGUUUGUCGUUCCUGCAGGGUUGCCAGGUCAGCAGCACUCUCGGCGGGUAACCAUGUAGUGCUUAAAUCGGAGGCGGCAUCCAUGCAGAAGGUUACAGCCAUAAAUAUUUGCCAGUAUCCACUAAUGCCUGGUAGCACUCUGGUCGCCAGUCCCCUAUGAAUUCAUCAGUGCCGUGUUCUGCUUCGCCCCAGAAACUUAGCGAAAGCCUUGAGAACAGCACCAUUCAGAAACAGAGGCAAGAACUCCAGCUUUUAAUUGCGGAACUGAAAGAUCGUGAUAAGGAACUCAACGACAUGGUUGCAGUGCAUCAACAAGAGCUUCUAGCCUGGGAAGAUGAUCGUCAAAAAAGACUGACUUUAGCAGAACGAUGCAGCUUAUUAAACAAUGAGCUGAACAAGAGAAAUGACAUUAUAAAAUCACUCACCAAAAGGUUAAAGUUCUUAGAAUCUCGGCAGAAUGACAGUAGGGCAACAUUUGAAUAUACACAACAGAAGUUUAAAGAGCUGUCUCAAAAAGUAACAGAUGCAACUGUUCACUGUCAGGCUCUGGAGGAGAAAAAUCGAAGUCUCCACUGCUCAGUUUUGGAACUGUCUGCUAAAACAGGCCAGCUGCAAGCGAGAGAACAGGAGCUUCUUACUAUGCUUAAGCUGAAGGCUUUUUUGAGAAGAGAAGAGUGGUCAACAAACAAUAAACUGGUUUAUUUUCAUAAACAAGCUUGUUUCCUGGCUUUGAUUUUUGGGAUUUUUUCCUCAAGAGCUCAGAAGAAAAUCUGUGAAGUAGCUGUAACUGCUGCAGACGAGGUUAUACUUGAAACAACUGAUUACAUUAUUGAGUUUACAUCUAAAUUCAGAAAGCUGGAAAGUGCAUUGCAUGCAGCAAAGACGGAGGAAUUCAGUCUAAACGAAGAAAAGCAAGACCUCAAACUGAGACUGAAAGAACUAACACUUGAAACAAAUAAGCUGAAAGAUGACCUCUGUGAAAGGAUAAAGGAAAAUAAUAAGCAGCAGGAAGAAAUCAUUCACCUCAGACAAGAAAAUGGCUGCUUGAGGAAUGAGCUUGCACUUAUUGUUGAGAAAUCAAAUAGGAAGGAUCAACUUCUUCAGUUUGCCAGGUCUAAACAAGCACGGACUGACACAGAACUAUCAAGUUUGCGACAGAUCUACGUAAAACAGCAGCGUGACUUGCAAUUUCUUCAUGUCAAUUUGGAGAGCUCUCAAGAAUUAAGGCAAAAGCAUGAAAAGGCGUCACAUGAAAGGAGCAUAGGUGUGGCAUUCUCUGCCCCUGAAAGUAACAGCGAGACAGACACAGUUAGGACUGAGGGCACCCACGAGAUAUGUGAGGAGAGUGGAACUGCACAGGUUCCAAAAAGUAGGGUAAAAAUCACCUCUGAGAUGUGUGAAGUAGAUAAAAGACUGUUACUGAAUGCAUCAGACUUGGAGGAAACUACCUCAGCGUACUUAAACCGGUGUCAAAAAGUUGUGAAAGUCUUGGCUGUCCUUACAGAAGAAGAAGAAAGGCGGGAUGUUGCAUCAAGCUCUGAUGAGCUAGGCAGCAAAGUAUUUUGUGAGGCAAACAACACAAGGCCAUUGAGAAACAGCGACAUUUCUGAGGAUGGAAUGGAAAGCAGAGACCAACAAACCUUUGAGUCGUCUUCACCUGAUUGUGAGCAUUGGCUUAAUGUCAGUUCUGGUGUAGAUUCACCAAGUACUUUGGUCCAGAACACCGUCACAUCUGACAAAACUGAUAAUGAAAAUAAAAUCUGGGAAGAGAGAACUGGAAUUCUGUUUGGCCAAAAAACCAGAGAGGCUUCUGCUGCGAUUCACAAGUCUGAAUCUGAUUCCUGUAGUAGUAACAACUUCAUCAUAAAAAAUGAUGCAUGGUGGGAGCCAGUAUCAGAUUCAGAAUGGUUGAAGAUUUUCAAACCCAUGAAAGGAGAUGGAAAUAUAUGGCAUGGAAAAGAUUGCAGCUUCAAGAGUGCACGAGAGACGAAAUGUGCCAGCUCAAAAAGGUUAUGUCUUGUUACAUUUAAGAAAUAGAUAGGUACAAGCUGGAGUUACGUAGAAACUUGGGUGUACAAGCUUUCAAUAAUUUAUGUUAUCUUUAGUGAUGUGUAAAGUAACUGCUGUUUUAAAAGUAGUCUACCAACUUGAAAAGUAGUAAAUUUAAAUAAGUUAAAAUAGCUGUAAGGUAUCAUGAUUCUAUUUUUAUGCAUUUAUUUUUUUGCAUCUCUUAGCCCCAAGGGCUGCGUGGGCAGGAGAAGCUGUGAUACCACAUAACUUGCCAAAUAAACUAAUUGAGAAAAAUGCAGACUUAAAAAAUCUUACAAUUUUUUGAAAUCCCAGAUGUUGCUUGUAAAUCUGGUGGGUAAAAUAUGUUCCAACCAGAGUUGGACUUCUACAGUGAUGUUUCUGUAAGGCAAGAAACAAACCUAGAUCUUGUGUGAUGCUUUAGUGGCUGUGUUAUUUCUGUUGAGAAAUCACACAGUGGCUGGGCAGGAAUGUAGGACACGGCUCUUCUGCACAGGCUGCUUUCCUCACUCAGGGCAAGAAAAUGAGAUGGCAAGAUUUAAAGGACAGCAAUCUGUCCACUCUCCAGUGCAUCUUUGUUAGUGGGACUCUAUCCCUGUGUUUAUGUUGGGGGAGGAAAAGGACAUGUGCAGAUGAGCAGAAUGAGGUUUCUAAUGCUGAGAAGUGUCGGAAAAAUACUCGGGUGUCUUAGUCGUAUUGGACGGUAUCCGAGAUAGAAAAUGCUGCUUUGCAUUUAUAGAUGUGGUUUUAUGCCUGCACAAGCGAGGGCAUUGAGAGCUGUGACUUUCUGUGGAUUUGUUGUGUUGGUUACGCUGUUUCCUUUCAAAAAAUUGACUGAGUUACCAGCUCUAUUUUAGAAGGAUUUCUGAAGGUUUUUUCAUAGCUGCCUUUUAGACAGAGAAGAGAAGGGGGAGUAGCUCUUCAGCUGGUAGUUUGACAAGUACAGUAAAUGAACAGCUGUUUAAACCUGCUAAGAAUUUUAGCCCGCAAGUCUGCCCAAUGUCCAAACAAAUUAAGGUUAUGGAAUGGAAAUAUCCGAUGUACAGAUGCUUUCAUUCUGUGCUGCUUUUAAACAAAAAUAUUGUAGAAACUGUUUACUGUAGUGUAUAGAAAUUGUUACUGUAGGGGGACAGACCUGUUCAGAAACAAGGUGAAUGGGCAGCCAUUGAAAAAGAAUGCUGUCCUGGCACAUUCCCACGCAGCUUAGCUGAGCUUCACACUGUGUAUGGGCUCUCUCUAGUUUCCACUGUCCAUAAAUCAUUAAAAAGACUCCAUUCCCUUACGUCUACCUUGAACUUUCUUAUCUACUCCC